GACACCCUACGGAGGGAUCAGUGGCGAUAAAGACAUGGAUAGUGAUAGUCCGCCGUUAGUUUCCGCUCUCAAGAAGAGAAAUAGUCCUCCAUUCUGCUGGGGCCUCGGCCUUAACAAGGACACUUUCAAGACUGUCAAAGUGAUCUUACUGGGCCAACCAGGCGUCGGCAAGUCAGCUUUAGCCGUGCGAUUCGCCACAAAACGCUUCAUAGGCGAAUACGAUUGCACUACGGACAGAAUCUAUCGAGUCGACAAUCAUCUGGGAUCUUCGUGGGAAAUAGCGGAUCCUCCCGGAAAUCCACCCGCCUCCGUCGACCCGAAAUUACGAUGGGCCGACGUGAUAGUUAUCGUUUAUUCGGUAACGGAUCGGGUCAGCAUAUUUUAUUAAGAAAAAAUAAAAUGCAAUUAUAUACACGUCAUAUGUACUUUCAGGUUUUUGGUAUCACACGCGAGAAGAGGCAGAAAGGUGCCACCGGUCGUGCUGCUUGUGGGAAACAAGGCCGAUCUCUCCUGCUCUCCGGGUGAACGCAUGGUAUCUGCUCUAGAAGGCCAGAAAAGGGCAAAAGAAAUCGAGGCUCACGCUUUCCACGAGAUUUCUGUAAGGGAAUCGGUUGAUCAGGUCACGGCCGUAUUCAUGAAUAUAUUAAGAUUGCUGACCGAAUUACACAGCAGUCAUCAAACAUCUUUUAGACUGAGAGCCUCCACAGACGGAACCAUAGAUACUCUUCGUCGACCGUCACCUCCUCCAUUGAGAAGAAGAUUUAGCAUCUCUGCUCGCGGAAAUUUAUUGUAAUUGUUAGAUCUAAGACUAAAU